AUGCGUUCGACAGCUCGAUCAUUCCCACAGCCAAGUUCUGCACUCCUUUCAGGCACAGGAGCUGCACCAGCGCACAUAUACUAUGAACCGCGCGUGAUUAGAGUCGACACCACUUGUCCAACCUCUCCACCUUCUCGUGCUCGUCGAUCCAGUGCAACCGGUAUUAGGGCGCCUAGCGCUCAGAGACCAGCUAUGGCACACUCGAGUGCAGGUCCGUUCCCUCCCGACACAACACCCUUUCCUCGCCCGGCGUACCUUGACCAUUCUGCGCUGCGGCAGCUUUUGCAGACAGACACUCCUUCUCAGUUUUUCUCGUUACCGAAGCCUGAUCUUGCGGUCGCCCGUACUGAGUAUGCUGGCGGAAGGAGGAGGGUACAGAGAUCUCCCAGCUUUGAUACCGAUGAAGAAGACACUAUCCCUCCAGGAGAAAUGCCUUCUCGACAACAGCAAGAGAAUAAUCCUUUAAUGUCAUCCGCCCUCUUGUGUCUUCCAACUAGGUGGUGUGAGGAAUAUCGAAGUUCUAUGUUAAGUGUUUCUGCAGACGGAAGGGAUCUUACCUAUCAAGGUUCUCCAAGCAACUCUGACAAAGAUGCCGCAGCUGCGCAUACGAUCUUCCCUAUUCCUCCUGCCUGCGGCAUAUACUACUACGAGGUAGAGGUCACCAGCAAGACAAACAGCAACAAGGGUCUUGUGAGCCGCGAUUUUAAAUUGACUCGCCUACCGGGGUGGGAGAAGAACUCGUGGGGAUAUCACGGUGAUGACGGGUCGUCGUUUGCGGCGGAGAAGACUGGCACACCAUAUGGUCCCCAGUUUGGAGCCGGAGAUGUCAUUGGUUGUGGUAUCGAUUUUAGUCAGAACCGCGCAUUUUACACAAAGAACGGUGCUUUACUUGGCUCUGUUUUCGAUAAUAUCGGCAAGGAUUGUGAUAUUUAUCCAGCAGUUGGGCUUUGCCAUCCCGGAGAAUCAGUGCGGGCUAACUUCGGCCAAGACCCAUUCAAGUUUGACAUCGAGGAUCACGUGCUUCAACAACGAAACACCACAUGGUCGCGCAUUCAGUCUGCGCCUUGGACGUGGCCAGUAGCUAACAGUGACAAAGAUAUUACUUCAACGACAUCCACCGCAGAAACCCACGUGAAGUCCCAGAUCAAUGACCUUGUUCUUUCGUACUUGUCGCAUCACGGAUACGCACGUACAGCGCGAGCGUUUGAGGCGCAGUGUUCUGCUCGAGGAGGAAUGUCAACAUUAAGAUUGUCAAACACGUUCCCUUCGUCUUCCACGAGUCGCGUGUCUGACCAUGAUCAGAUCAUGGAUAUGGACGACGUGCCCCAAACACCUACAAUUGCACCUGCACCUAUGGAUGAUAUCGAGAUCCGUACCCGUAUCGUGCGUGCCGUACUCACUGGUGAUGUCGACACUGCCCUGUCCGACACACGAACACACUUCCCUCGAGCGCUUGAUGCGGAUGCAGGACUCGUGCUCUUUAAACUGCGAUGCCGUAAAUUUGUGGAGCUUGUAUUGGAAGCGGCAGAACUGAAGAAGCGGAUGUGCGCAGAGGAUGCAGAGAUGAAUGUAGAGGCCGAUGGAGAAGACAAAGGAAUUUCGGAAGGCAUGGGGAUGGACGUCGACGAUGAGGCAGACAUCUCCAGUACUGGAGCGACGAACGGUUUCGGUCGCGGCAGCAGUGCAAUCCCUAUCAAAGGCAAGCGUAAGGCAUCGUUCGCCUCUUAUUCGCAUUCGGAUUUGUCAGGUGUGAUUGCUGCCAAGUAUGGGACCGCUCUCGAGCGUGCGGUUGCGUACGGACAGGAGUUGCAAUCAGAGUACAAAGACCGCCCGGAGAUGCGCGCUAUUUUCAAGCGUACAAGUGUGGUUGUGGCUUUUGAGGAUCCCCUUGAAGCCGGUGGGGAUGCAGCGGAGGUGGCGGGGCAGGGAGCAAGAGUAAGUCUUGCAACAGAAGUGAACCAGGCUAUUUUGCUGUCGCAAGGGCGCCCUGCUCAUCCGGCCUUGGAGAGGAUAUACCGCCAUACUGCGGCGUCUCUCACGCAGCUUGCGCUGAUUGGAAACGGUGCUGCUGCUUUCGUGGACAUGCCCAGAGAACUCCUGGAUGCGUGA